AGCGCUGGGAGCCAGGCGGAGGCCAUGUACGAUGGGGUGAGGGUGCCCUCUCCUCAGGAGAAUGCCAAUGGCUUCGCUCAACCAGGAGCAUCCGCUGUCCACUCCAAACCCGAGGAGGAGGAGGAGGAGGAGGAGGAGGAGGAGGAGGAGGCCAGGAUAAUGGAACCAGUGUUGGUGAAGAAGGCCCACAGGGAAAUCCUGGAUCACGAACGGAAGAGGAGGGUGGAGCUGAAAUGCAUGGAGCUCCAGGAGAUGAUGGAGGAACAAGGGUAUUCAGAAGAAGAGAUCAGGCAGAAGGUGGGCACCUUUCGGCAGAUGCUCAUGGAGAAAGAAGGCGUGAUAACCAGGGAGGACCCACAUGCACACCACCUGUAAGUACAGACAGCUGGAUGCAAGCAGAAAUAUCAUCUGCACUGAAGCACAAUUCUGUUCAGUUUAACACAAAAACAAUUACAUAUACACAGCGUGAUUCCACCAGGGGGUU